AUGUCAAAAAGGCUGUUUCUCCUUCUCUCGAUUUCUGUUUUUUCAUUCGGACAAAUAUGCUCAAGCAUCGACAUCGGCAUCCAUUUUGACAGCAUCGGCAAAGUUGUAUCAAACGGCAAAACCAAAGCAGAAUGGACCUAUCUUACCCCUACCUACAAUUCUCAAGCAAAUGAGCAAUCUCUCAAAUUUUACGUCAUGAGCUCGUAUCCUCAGUGAAAAGAUUUCGAAAAGGUAGAAUUUCACCAUCAAGACGAGAACAAAACUGAUGACCUAAAAUGGCUUCAUAUGAAUGUUGCAAAAGAUGAAGAAGAAAUUCGGAAAUUUAAUCUGUCUGCUGCUUAUGAAGUUACACAGGAAUGCUUAAAUAGAGGGUCUGGGGGUACUAAACUGCAUCUAAAUGUGACCUUUUAUAUGGCUGACUGUCCUCCCAUUUCUAUUAAUUGGAUGAAAAUAUGGGGUUUUAUUAUGAAUGGGCAUCAUAAAGGGCUAUUUUUUUAUUUUUGUAAAAAAUGCAGAGGUUAAGGAAAAUUGAUUAUGUGGAGAACAGGGACAAACAAGAGAUGGGCUUUCAAUCGGAUUCAGCACAAAGUCGAGCGAAAUUGCAGAAAAUGGGAAAUUGAAGCCAGCAUUUGACCAGAAAACAAAAGAUGAUGCAUAUUUAGUUCCCUUUGAAGAAGAAACCACUAUAAUUUAUCUGCACAUGCAAGAAGACACUGGGAAAGUUUACUAUAACUCUCCUUUUAUUAUCACAGAUGAAAAGGUUAUAUAUCCUGUAUUGAAUGGAAGUGCUGAAAGGCCAGGAUGGCUUGAUCAAAAUCCAAAAGAACUAGAAAUCAGCUAUAAUUGUUUAGUAGAUAAUGGUAAGGUAGUAGAAAUAUUCUUACUCCCACAAGCAUUUUCCUAUUUUUUAAUUAGGAAAAACAUAUAAAAUUGACUGGAUAGCGAUUUUAAUUAUUAAAAAAAACCAAUUAUUACGAAUUUUCUCUUAUAAAAAAGCUCUGUUUUCUAUUAAUUAGAAGAGUUAGUAAUAGAGCUACCUUAUUUUCAGAAUAUUCAAGCACAUUUUUAUAAGCAAUGCGGAUCCAAAAAACUCAGCAGCUCUUUUUCAUUAUUCUGGGCCUUUAUUUAUUUACUAACAGGUGGCAGCAUUGCAGCAUACCUAAUAGCUUAUGUUUAUUCACAGCACAGAAAUGGAGAAAAAGGCUGGGACUUAGUGCCUUUUGGACAACACAUUAAAGGACUUUUCAGGACAACCGUCCACCUCAAGCCAAAAAGUGGGCAGCCUCAAGACAUGGAUUUGCCAGACCUAAAUGACGAUAGCCUCGAAAUCAAUGUGCAGAGCCAGUACGGGACUGUUUAA